AAAUGUAAGCCAAGUAAACACCAACCAAUUGAUAGUGCUUAUUGUUAAAAAAAUAAAUUGACGUCUUAAGCAUACAUUCUCUCAAGUCAAAUCCUACAUUCAACUUACCUACCGAGGAUUAAUUUGAACUGAUCUCAUUAGUUUGAUCCGCUUACAAAAUUGUUUUUCAUAAGUUACUGUCAUGUUGAAAAUAUUAAAUAAUGAUGAAGAGUGUUUUUUCCCAAAGACUUGCUGUUGUUCAUUUUUAAAGCUAAUAACUUAAAAAUAGGAGGAUUAUUUCUUAAAUUAGUAUAUAUUUAAGAAUUAAUAAGCGUAAAAAGAAAAUAUAUUAUGCAGGUGAGGUGACAUUUUGGAAAUCCAAAGUACUCUCAAGUUAACUAGCCAACUGGUCACUGGUUCGAACGACGCCGUUGUCCACUUCAGUCCCCUUCUUCUUUCACCAUCUUCCCACUUCACUAAAACCCUAGAACACAAAUCCUCUGCAAAUUACUGAAAAUGGUAUCUCUAGUUUCAAAAACCCCAUUGACUCGACUCUUUACCCGGAUCCGCGCCCCAUCAUUAGCUUACCCUCUAUGCACAGCUACAGAAACUCGAACCCAGAAACUGGAGCGGAUCGCCGACCAACUUCUCGACCUUAAUAAGCUCGAAAAACAUGAUUACGCCAUCCUAUUCCGGCACAAAAUGGGCCUUAAUAGGUACGGGCCAGCUGUUUCGGGUCUGGGUUCCGGAUCUUCCUCUUCGGGUCCCGGUGCAGCGUCUGCAGAUACAAAGGCGGCGGAGGAGAAAACUAUUUUCGAUGUAAAGCUUGAUAAGUUUGAUGCGGCAGCGAAGAUUAAGGUGAUUAAGGAAAUUAGGUCUUUUACUGAUUUGGGUUUAAAGGAAGCUAAGGAAUUGGUAGAAAAAGCCCCAGCAGUGGUGAAAAAGGGCGUAACGAAAGAUGAAGCUAAUGCUAUUAUAGAAAAGCUCAAGGCAAUAGGUGCUACUGCGGUAUUAGAAUGAAACUUUUGAAUUUUGUUUCAUGUUUUUACAUUCAAAAUUGUUACUUUUAUGGGGAAUAGAAAUGAAAAUGGAAAUUGUACUCCAUUUUGAUGAACUUUUUUGGUUGCACAUUGCUAGGGAGUUUGCUACGUUGAUUUGUGAUACUUGUUUUAUGUGUCCCCUUGCUGUUUAUAGUCCCUGGUUAGUGCUUCAAUAAACUAUUAUGUUAGGUUAUUUGUCCUGUGCUAUAGAGUUGGUUGCAAUUGUAAUAACUUGCUGGAAUUGUGGAUGUUUAUUAUUCUUGGGUUGCAAGAUCCAUUUUUGCUCCUUCGUUA